GAGAGGGGUGUUUCCUCUUGGUAUCAUGAAAAGGAAAGUGCCAGGAAUUAGGCCACAUGAAAUGAUAAGCGUCAAUCCGUUGGGUGGCGCUGGUAAACCCAUGGAAAUCAGGAGCGUGCAGUGCGUGACUCUCCUCUCUUGACUACAACGCCUCCUGUUCAGCCGACAGUCACAGUAGCCACUCUUCCUUUCAGAGUAGGUACCCGUUUAGCAGCAAAAGCUUUUCCCGUUACCUGCAAUUCCCCAUCCUUCCCUGGUGUUGUGUCCUUCCCCUACCUGUCCCAGUCAUGGCGGCGAGUGCGAAAAGAAAGCAGGAGGAGAAACACCUGAAGAUGCUGAGAGAAAUGACGAGUUUGCCUCCUAACAGAAAGUGCUUUGACUGCGAUCAGCGCGGCCCAACCUAUGCCAACAUGACGGUGGGGUCUUUCGUCUGCACCUCCUGCUCUGGCAUACUGCGAGGGCUGAACCCACCCCACAGAGUGAAGUCCAUCUCCAUGACGACCUUCACGCAACAGGAAAUCGAGUUUCUCCAGAAACACGGCAAUGAGUCAUGCAAACAGAUAUGGCUGGGGCUUUAUGACGACAGAACUACCUCCAUACCAGACUUCAGGGAACCCCAGAAAGUCAAGGAGUUCCUUCAGGAGAAAUACGAGAAGAAGAGAUGGUUUGUUCCCCCGGAGCAGGCCAAAGUGGUGGCUUCUGUCCACGCCUCCAUCUCCGGCUCGUCAGCCAGCAGCACCAGCAGCACCCCCGAGGUCCGACCCCUCAAAACAUUGCUGGGGGAGUCGGCCCCCACCUUGCACCUCAACAAGCACACGCCCAGUCAAUCUCCGGUGGGGAGCCGUGUGGCCCAGGCCCUCCAGCUGAGCCAGCAGCAGCAGUUCCACGACAAGAAGUUUGACCUCCUCAGCGACCUGGGAGGAGACAUCUUCGCCGCGCCGCCCCACUCUCAGACUGCAGCAGGCUCGGCGGCCAACUUUGCCAACUUUGCACAUUUCAACAGUCAGCCAGCUGCUCAGAACGCAAACGCAGACUUUGCUAACUUUGAUGCGUUUGGGAGCGCGGGUCCAUCGGGUGCUUUCCCCUCGGCACCCCAAGCCCCCUUCCAGACCUCACAUACAGGAGGUAGUGUCCCGAGCGGGGUUCCGGGCUCUCUCCCCCCGGGGGCGUCGGCAGGACUGCGUCACCCCCAGAGUCAGCUGACGGGUACGUCGGCGGCAGACCGCUACGCCGCGCUGGCCGAGCUGGACAACGUGUUCGGCUCGUCGGCCCCCGCCACCAGCGUCUACAACACCGUUAGCACUUCACAAGGGGGGAUGUUUGGCCCUGUGACAGGAGUCUCGUCAGCCCAGGCACAGCAAUGCAUGUCCAGCAUGCCCCAGGGUUUUGGAGGUCUGUCAACAAACCCUUUUGCUGCUGCAGCCGUUGCCCCGGCGACAGCCACCACCAACCCCUUCCAGAGCAACGGCAGAGCAGCGGCCGUGGCGGCAGCAGCCACGUUUGGCACAGGGUCCAUGAGCAUGCCAGCCGGAUUCAGGACCGCUGCUACCUACAACCUCCCCACCAGCUUCAGUGGGACCUUCCAACCUCCUUUCCCUGGCCAGGCCCCCUUCCCCCAGCCUCCGGCCUAUCCCCAGCAACCCAACGGAGUGGGGUUUUCAGCCUAUGGACAGGCCAAGGCUGUGGUAACCCCCUUUGGACAGGCGAUGGCCGCACCCGGGGUCUCUAGUAACCCCUUCUUGGCGGGCGCCCCUUCAGGACACUACCCCUCAGGAAGCUCUUCAACAAAUCCUUUCUUAUAGCGCUGCUCCACCUGAACUCCACCACUAGGGUGUUGUCAACUGGCGUGCUCCGCUCUCACCUCUUGCACUGUUUUGUUUUACAAGACUCUUUAAAAAGACAAACACUGUUUCUAAAACUGGUAUUUUGUUUUAAGAACAAUGAUAACAACAAAGUGACGUAACUGACACCGUCCAUGGCAACAAAAAUCACAACAACGUAAAGGUGUGUGGAGGGAGGGGUUGUUAGGGGCGGCAGGAAGCCUAGCGGUUAAGAGCGUUGGGGCAGUAACCGAAAUGUUGCUGAAUCGGUGGAAAAUCUGUCGAUGUGCCCUUGAGCAAGGCACUUAACCCUAGUUGCUCCUCCUGUAAGUUGCUCUGGGUAAGAGUGUAUGUAAAUGUGUUAAAGGGACAGGGUCUCAUCCUCUAUCUAACCUGUGAACUGGCCCGGACUCAGCUGAGGCAUAUGUAUAUUCAAACUGGCUGAUACUAAGUUAUUGCAAAAUAUUCCCAUUCAUUACACUGGAAUUUUGUAAAUAUUUUUUUCUUAGUGGAAAUUAGCUCUGUGCAUAUCCGUAUUUGUACAUUUAACACAAGUUUAAGGGCAGAAAUGUUAUUUGGAAAAGCUGAGAAGACUGCUUUGAGUUGCUUUAUUUGUAAAGAGGAACCAAAAGGGGUUUGUGCAGCGUGAUAUCGGUAGGACUAUUUUUACAGAGAAAAAGAGAACAUACAUUUCAUCAUUUAUUACAGAAGAGGGGGAGGAGUCUCUCCUCUUCUGUGAUUGGCCCCAAGGGCAGAGGCUCCACCUGGAAGGGAAUUGGCUCUCACCUAUGCUCUGACCUGUCCAGGUGGUUUACCACAAUAUAGACUGAAGACCACUGACUUUGGGUGUUAAAGAGAUUUAAGUUAAUGUGUUUGUGUGUAUAUAUAUAUAUAUUAAAAUGAAUUUUAACUAAAAAAGAAUGACCAAACCAUGCCUUUUAAAUUGCUGCACUGUACAUCUCCAUUUAAAUAUUUGAUCUAUAUAUAUAUGUCACUAUGAAGAUGUUGCAGUCUGAAUGUGGAGAUCUUGCUCAGGAGUAUGGCUGCUGGAAUAAACCAUAGACUGUGUAAAAAAAUAUCAAACAAA